AUGGAGCUCCUCCGAUCCAACCUGUCUAGGGUUCAGAUCCCCGAACCUACCCAUCGCAUCUACAAGCAUGAGUGUUGCCUCUCCUUCGACACUUCGAGAUCCGAAGGUGGAUUGUUCGUAGACAUGAACAGUUUUCUUGCUUUUGGGAAGGAUUAUGUUGUUUGGAAUUAUGAAAAGACUGGAAAUCCUGUGUAUUUGCACAUUAAGGAGACUAAGAAGUCUGGUCCUGAGGACUAUGAUCGGCCUUUGAAGAAACCGACUCUCCUCGCUAUAGGAGUUGAUGGUGGCUUUGACAACAAUGAGCCUGAGUACGAGGAAUCCUAUAGCAUAGUCAUUCUUCCAGAUUUUGUUUCACUCCCCUUUCCUUCUGUUGAACUACCAGAGAAGGUGAGGAUUGCUGUUGAUACUGUCCUGAGUGCCGUAGGUGCUGAGCGGAAAGAGCAAGUUGCAGCUUGGACAGCUGAGAAAAAGCAAAUUAGUGAACAUGCAUUGACACUGCAGCAGAUCAAGAGUGGCAUUGUCAUUCCUCCCUCUGGUUGGAAGUGUGCUAAGUGUGAUAAGAGGGAGAAUCUAUGGCUUAAUCUGACCGAUGGAAUGAUUCUAUGUGGAAGAAAAAACUGGGAUGGAACUGGUGGAAACAACCAUGCGGUUGAGCACUACAAGGAGACAGCCUACCCUCUUGCUGUAAAGCUUGGAACAAUCACAGCUGACUUAGAAGGAGCAGAUGUUUAUUCCUAUCCGGAAGAUGAUAGUGUUUUGGACCCGCUCCUGGCUGAGCAUCUGGCUCAUUUUGGAAUUGACUUCUCGUCGAUGCAGAAGACUGAAAUGACAACUGCCGAAAGAGAACUUGAUCAGAAUACGAAUUUUGAUUGGAACCGUAUACAAGAGAGUGGAAAAGAAUUGGUACCAGUGUUUGGACCUGGAUAUACCGGACUUGUCAAUCUUGGGAACAGUUGCUACUUGGCAGCCACAAUGCAGAUUGUUUUCUCGACCCAUUCAUUUAUUUCAAGAUACUUUUCACAUCAGAGCUUAAAGAUGGCUUUUGAGAUGGCUCCUGCUGAUCCAACUUUGGACCUCAAUAUGCAAUUAACAAAGCUUGGACAUGGUUUACUAUCUGGGAAGUACUCUAUUCCUGUAACAAAGAAGGAUGCUGCAACUGGAGAUGCUAAACAAGAAGGAAUACCUCCUCGGAUGUUCAAAUCCGUAAUUGCUGCAGGCCAUGCAGAAUUCUCUUCUGUGAGACAACAGGAUGCUCUUGAGUUUUUCCUCCAUUUGCUAGACAAGGUUGAGCGUGGCAGCAACAAUAGACCAGAUUUAGACCCCUCAAGGAGCUUCAAGUUUGGAGUAGAGGAAAAGAUCCUUUGUUCAUCUGGAAAAGUUGCAUACAAUAAGAGGGAUGACUGUAUUCUUUCUUUGAAUAUUCCGCUGCAUGAGGCAACUAAUAAAGCUGAAUUAGAAGCCUUUAACAAUCAGAAAGCAGGGAAAGGAGCGGAAGAAAAUGAUAUGUCAACUGAUGAAAUUGUACGCCCACGAGUUCCUCUAGAGGCUUGUCUAGCAACUUUUGCAUCACCAGAGCAGAUUCAUGAUUUCUAUAGCACUGCUCUGAAGGGGAAGACAACAGCUAUCAAGACAACCGGUCUGACAUCUUUCCCAGAUUAUUUGGUUUUGCACAUGCGGAAGUUUGUUAUGGAGGAGGGCUGGGUGCCAAAGAAGCUUGACGUGUACAUUGAUGUUCCGGAUGUAAUUGAUAUCAGCCACAUGCGCAGCAAAGGACUUCAACCUUGCGAGGAACUGUUACCAGAUGGCGUUCCAGAAGAAGUGAUGGAAUCAGCGCAGCCUGUGGCAAAUGAGGAGAUAGUUGCACAGCUUGUCUCAAUGGGAUUUAACCAACUUCAUUGCCAGAAAGCUGCCAUAAAUACUUCUAAUGCUGGGGUUGAAGAGGCGAUGAACUGGUUACUUUCUCACAUGGAUGAUCCAGACAUCGAUGCACCAAUCUCCCAUCAGACAACUGAUGUUGAUCAAUCAAGCGUUGAUACCUUAAUCUCCUUUGGUUUUCCUGAAGACGUUGCUCGAAAGGCACUCAAAGCCUCGAAAGGAGAUAUUGAGAAAGCAACAGAUUGGAUAUUCAACAAUCCUAAUGCAUCUUCUUCGGACAUGGACGUUUCGUCUAGCAAUUCAGCGCAGACUCCAGCUCAAAGUGGAUUACCAGACGGAGGAGGGAGAUACAAGCUGUUUGGGAUAGUAAGCCAUAUGGGAACAUCAACUCACUGCGGUCACUAUGUAGCACACAUACUGAAAGAAGGUCGUUGGGUUAUCUUCAAUGACAGCAAAGUCGGUGUCUCGACAGAUCCUCCUAAAGACAUGGGUUAUCUCUACUUCUUUCAGCGUAUCGACGGUUGA